UUUUUUUUUUUUUUUUUUUUAUUAAAAAAAAAUUAUUAUUAUUUUUUUUUUUCUUUUUAAAAUAUAUCCGAUAUAUCCGAUAUAUAUCAAACACACGUACCUAUUAAAACUAUGGCCUCAGAUUCUAAUAAAGACAUUAAUAAUGAAACCGAAGUACUUGAUGAGAAUUCUAAAAAAGAAUGUCAUAAAUGCAAAUUACUUGAGGAAGAAAAUAGAAAACUUGAAGAAGAAAAUAGAAAACUUGUAGAUGAAAUUGAAAAAUUUAAUAAUGAUUUAAUCGGAAAUAAAGACUUCAAUAAAACUCUUGCAGCAAUCAUUGAUAAGCAUAAAAAAGAAAUUAAAUCUAAAGAUGAUAAAAUUGAAUCUAAAGAUGAAGAAAUAAAAUCUAAAGAUAAAGAAAUAAAAUCUAAAGAUGAUGAAAUAAUAAAUUUAAAAAAGAGACAUCAAUAUGAACUUGGAUCUGCGAAAACUUUUCGAUUAAGUGAUGAUGAUAAAAAUAAUCCUACUAAUCUUAAUGAAGAUAUUUCGCAAAUACAAGAAGAUUUGGAAUUUUAUGUAACAAACUUAAGACCAAAGACAGAUAUAGAAAUUAAUUUAAAGAAUAUAAGUAGACUUCUUAACGACUCUAAAGUUAAAAAAAGUAAAAUUACUUAUACAUUAAAUAGUUCGAGCGAAUUAAAUGAUUAUAUGCCUCUCAUUAAAGCUGUUUUACAACGACAUGUCCUUCGUACAAUUCUUGAUUAUUUUGACAAAUAUAACCGGAAGAAUUCCCUUGAAUUACAAUUUUUAAAACAAGCAGAGGAUCUUGAAAAUUUAGCAAAACGAUUAGAAAAAGAACGUACCGGAAGUGAUGCCAUAACCUCAGCUUUAUCCGUAAAGAUAAGGCAACAGAGUUUUGCUGCAUUGGGAAAUCGUGGAUUUUCUAAUAUUAAAGAAACUAACACUUUACAUGAUUUCAUCAAAGAUUCAAAAGACAAACUUAAUAAAGAAAUGGAAUCUUAUCGAAAAAUAUUAGAUGCUAAAAAGAAAGAAGAUGUUGAAAAGAAAGUAACUGAUCUUAUUCGUGAAGUUGUUAGAUUAUUUUAUUUUAGACUUAAAACUCAAGAACCAAUUGCAGAAUUCAAGUGGCUUGACGAUAAUGAUGAAUUUGAACCAAAUCAAAUGGAAGAAUACGACGAAGGAGAAAAUGAGAAUGGAUCCGUUGAAAUGUGUAUUUUUCCUCUUAUUUAUAAAAAUGAUGAAUCGCAACCUAAUAAAUUACAAGCUUAUACCAAAGCAACAGUCUUUAUUCGAAAUAAUAGUUUAUUAAAUUCAAGUGAUAAAAAUCCAAAUUCCAUUGCAAAAUUUUUUAGGAUAUUUAUAUAAUAAAAAAA